AUUCUGGUCCACCGAGCUCUUGGGGAUCGAGCCCCAAUCUCAGGACAAAUUCAAGGAAGAGAGCUCAGGGCUCAAGAAUUUUCUCGAGAACAACAUCAAGCGGAUGGAAAAUGGCCAUUACAUGGUCAGCUUGCCGUUUAAAGGCAACAUCCGGACGCUUGGCGACAACGAGAAUAUAGCGCGAGGGAGCUUGACCAGACUACUAGCAAAGACACGGAACAAUACGGACCUCUUGAAGUCAUUGGACAUGCAGCUGGCGAAGUAUGUGGAAAAAGGCUACGCGGAGUUUGCGUCGCCGGAAAAGCCGGGAGAACUUGUCCACUACCUUACCCUCCUACCCGUCUUCAAGCGAAACACUUCGGAAGAGAUCAUCAAAGUACGAGUAGUGAAAGACGCGGGAGCGCGCAGAAAAGAUGAAGCAGCUUUGAAUGAUGUUCUGGAGUGCGGAGAUAACCUUCUGCCAGACAUCAUCAAGGUCUUGCUGAGAUUCCGGCAGGACGAGAUCGCGAUUGUUUCAGACAUCGAGAAAGCGUCUUUGCAAUACGAGAUUCAGCCGGAUCAUCGCACUUUCCUGCGAUUGUUCUGGCCUUCGGAUAUCAGCCAGGAUCGGAAUGCGCCGAUCAAAGAAUUCUGGAGCGCGGUGCUCGAUUUCGGCAUCAUAUCGAGUCCGUUCAUCCAUUGCGCGGGAAUCAAGUAUCACAUCGCGCAGUUGAUCAAAGAGCACCCCGAGAGAUCCAAUCUAUUGCAAGAUAUCGACAAAAAUUUCUAUAUGGAUGAUCUAAUUGCCACCACGAACUCAGUCGACGAAGGUCUGGUUUUCUAA